AUGAAUACAGUAAUUACAGAGCAACCACCCAAAAUAGACUUUAAUUUUUAUGAACAACCUAGCACCAUAUCGUUCUUUGAUGCAAUAGCGGCAGACUUACGAAAUGAUUUGGGCUCGAUAGGUGUAGAUGCGCAAUUCACAGCACCCGAACUUGCUUAUUUUACAGCACGAUUUUUACAAUUUCAACAAGACGCUUUACAACUGAAUAAAGAUCAGAAUCGUCCAUUACCUGCUCGCAUACCAACUCGUUUCUUCAAGGUCGAAACACUAGCAAAACCAUCGCCUCUUUACACUAUUCUACAAGCUGCCUAUACCUAUCAAUCUGAUAAGGAUAUCAGUGAUUGGCAAUUUGACGCGCCAGAAGAAAGAGAUAUAUACCUCGAGUUAGUGAGAGUCAUCACCAAGCAACUGAUUCAAGAUGGAUUUUAUAUGCCCCCGGUUGUUGCUUUUGAUGAAACUGUGACCAACAAAGCGGAUAUAGAGGAAUGGUCUCGCAUUGUCAUUGCAUUAGGUGGCAAAGUUGUUGAUGUAAUCCCAAGUGCAACGCAUAUCGUCUACAACAAUGUUGAACCUGUUUACAACAACGAAAAGCGUUUGUUCUACGUCGAGGAGCAGCAAAAUGGGAAAGCAUUGAUUCAUUACAUUGGACUGCCUGAAUCAUAUAAUACCUGGGCAGUGGAGACUAGUCAAGGUCAAGUUCCUAAGCCUGAUUUACAAAGCCCAUGGCACGUAAGAGCAACUUGGAUUCUAGACAGCUACAAGUAUAACGAAUGGAUGUCGCCUAUCGAUUAUGAUUACUCUGAAAAACACUUGCAUCGAAAGAGAUCCGCCGAUGAAGCAGCAUCCAUGUUAGACACCAAUAACCCAUACAAAAAGGUCAAAGCACCCAGUAGUGAGCCAACAGCAAUACAAGGCGUCAAAACAGAAGGAGUGACACCCAUGAUCGAGGAUACAAACACAACAGCUCAAAUACCAUCGAGUCCUGAGCCAACUGCCAAGAUCGAAAAUCAAGAACCUGUCAUUCAGGCACCUCUUUUGCCCGUAAAUCUGUCAGAUAUCCCUUUACCUGAAGAUGAUCCUCAACGAUACCUGACCAUUCAAUCCCAUGAAAUCAUCAUUCCCUCCUACGCUGCUUGGUUUGAUAUCACUGUCAUCAAUAUCAUUGAAUCCAGAGCCUUGCCAGAAUUCUUCAAUGAUCGCAACAAAUCAAAAACACCCACCGUCUACAAAAACUAUCGUGAUUUUAUGGUGAACACAUACCGUAUGAAUCCUGUGGAGUAUCUCACCAUUACAGCCUGCAGACGCAACUUGACAGGCGAUGUUUGUGCUAUCCUGCGAGUGCACUCAUUUUUGGAACAAUGGGGGCUAAUCAAUUACCAGGUUGAUCCUGAGGCCAAAACAUCUUCUCUAAGCCCACCUUUUGACACUCAGUUCAAAGUAGUCAUUGACAAAGUCAACGACAAGCCAUUCAACGCAGAAGUUCAAGAGGAGGACAAGGCUCUGGAAGCAAAGAAAGAACCUAUAGCCACUCACUACACUUUUGGCCAAGAAGUGAGAGCUCAAAAAUGCUCAUCAUGUGAGACUGAAUGCUCCACUGAACAAUUUUGCAGCACCACGCAACCUAAUUUCUACCUCUGCCGUUCAUGUUUUGUAGCUGGCAAAUACCCCAUUGAACAAAAGAGCGGAAAUUUCGUAUUGGAGAAGAUUGACAAGGAGAAUGGCCAUGAUAUAGAUGAGGAUGCCUGGGACGAAAAGGAGGAAUCGCUUUUGAGAGAGGGUCUCAAAUUAUAUCAAGACAACUGGGAGAAGAUAUCCGAACACGUUGAAACAAGAACACACGACGAAUGCAUCCUCCACUACCUCCAGUUGCCACAAAAUGAUCCAUUCGACGAUACAGAGAUAGAAAAGCUGGGCUUAUUACAGUAUGAUUCCGCACAGCAUAGAGAGAAUCCAAUCAUGGCGGCUGUUGCUUUCUUGGCAUCAGCUGUUGGACCCAAAGUGGCAGCAGCAGCAGGUCAUAUUGACGUGGAGAAGUUUGAUAGCGAGAUCAUGAUAGAGGUGGAGGCAGAAGAGGUCGUUGAAAGCAAAGAAGACAACAAAAAGAUGGAGGACCUUGAGACACAGGAAGAAGAGAAAGACGCUCAAACAGAGGAAAAAGAGGAAGAAAACAAAAAGAACGAUGGUGAUGAUAAAGCGCCAGGAGAUAAGGCUGCAGAGAUCUCGCCCGCAGCUGAAGAAGAGAAGCCAGCUAGAUCAGAAAAAGAAGAGAACGAGCUGUGCAACUUGACAAAUACACUAAUCCGCUUCAAACUUGCUCAAUAUGAGCAACAGACAUCUCAUUACGAUGCACUCGAGAAUGUGGUGGACGAGCAAAAGCGAUUGCUGGAGAAAGAGAAGCGUCAGCUGGAACACGAUCAGUCCUCAUUGAAAAAGAAGAUUUUGUCCAUCCAACUGGAGAUGGUCAAACGAGGAAGCUCAGCAACUGCCAUUGCUAAUAGCAUUACACCGGCACAGCUUCAGCAGCAAUUGGCUGGUGCAAGCCCUUCCUUGUUCCUCAAUGGCCAACCUCAACUGCAACAACAGCAGCAGCAGCAGCCUCAUCCACAACAAGCACAACAUCCUCAGCAACCACAGCAGCAACAGCAAACACCUCAAGUAUUACAGCAGUUGCAGCAGCAGCAUCAGUUGAGAAUGCAAAUGCAAUUGCAACAGCAGCAACAACAACAACAACAGCAGCAAUUUCAACAGCAACAGGCACAACAACAGCAACGUCAAACUGGCUCUCAAGGCUUUAAUAACUUGAUGUCUCUAUAG